CAGAAACCAAAAUUUAAAGCCUCGUCCUCUUGGAUACGUAUACAUAAAGCUCACGACGUUGACGUAGGAAAACUCAAGCUCAUUGAAAAAUACACAGUUUCAUCAAUUAUCUCCUUGUUUCUUCUGAGUACUUGAAUUUCAUACACCAGUAGUAAAGCAAAUGUUUUCUUCCUCAACGCCACCGAAGAUGGAUAACCUGGACGAUGCGGACCAGAAACCGAAGAAGGCUCUCGUUAGUGCUACCCAUUUUUGGGCAGAGUUUUGGGGGACCUAUCUAGUCGUGCUGACCAUCGGCUGCAAUGUGCUUGGUGGGAGUGGGGAUUGGGCGGUUCUCUCAAUCGGCUUCGCACUGAUUCUCGCCACAUACGUCUUCGGUCCGAUUUCUGGGGGCCAUUUCAACCCUUGCGUGUCUGUUGCCGUGUUUCUAGCGGGAAAAUUCGACGGGGAGCCCAUACACUUGCUAUACUAUGUGGUACUGAAGAAAGGCUUACUUUCUGUGCAUCUCCUUCUGCAAAUCCAAGCAACUACCGUUUAAUUAUGUUAUAAUGGAUUCUACAUUCUCAUUCAAAACCAACGACGAAAAACACCCACGAUUCUCUCCUCUUCCAUGCUCUCAAUCACAGGGAGCUCAAUUCCUGGGUGGUUUUACUGGCGCUAUCACAUACUAUGGCAUGUAUGGGCAAACCUUUGAGCUUGGCGCUGGCUCAGGAUACACCCUCUGGAACGCAGGUUCCGUUGAAUUCCUAUUCACUUGUUUGCUGUUAAGAUGAAGAGACUCAAACUGUCUGCUAUGUAUUUGAUGAUUUUUGUAUAAUGUACUCCUACUCCACCUUCGUGCUUCAUAUUACCUGCGAGGUAGAUGUAGGUACCUCCUCCACUGCUUGUAUCUGAAGCCUUCUAAUCGCCUGCCUCGUGCACUUGAGCGUCUCCCUCUCCUAAAGACCCCCUCUAAUCCCUUGUCUCGUGCACUUAAACGUCUGCUACGCGAAGAUGACGCUCGAGAAGGACAACCAAUAUUUUGGUAUGGCCCUAGGGUUCGUACUAAUCGCGGGUGCUUAUGCAGUUGGCGCAAUCAGUGGUGGUUGCUUCAAUCCCGCUGUCAGUCUGGCAAUUGAUUUCGUGUCGUUGUUUCAAGGUAUCUUUUUAGUUCAUCCGAUUGACUUCGUGUCGUUGUUUCAAGGUAUCUUUUUAGUUCAUCCGAUUGGCUUCGUGUCGUUGUUUCAAGGUAUCUUUUUAGUUCAUCCGAUUGACUUCGUGUCGUUGUUUCAAGGUAUCUUUUUAUUUCAUCCGAUUGACUUCGUGUCGUUGUUUCAAGGUAUCUUCCUUUUUAGUUCAUCCGAUUGGCUUCGUAAUAUGAUUGCUCAGAAGUUGCUUUCACUUUCCAUUAAGCCAUCUACUUUUCUUUCCGGAUCAUGCCACCAGAUAUCGUCACCGGUGCAGGCUUGUCUGGUUUCAAUUCCGGCGUGACGAAUUGUUUCGUAUACCUUGGCUUCCAAGUCUUUGGCGCACUGCUAGCUGUCUUCCUCUUCAUAUGCCUCAGGGCUCCGGAAGACUAUCACAAGUCAGAGGAAGGUAG